AUUGGAUAUUGGAAAAUGUUUGUUUAAUUGUGUCAAAUCAUUGCACAUGAAAGUGUACGUUUACGAAUUGCAUAUAUACACUUAAGAAAACAUUCCUCCUUAUUCCAAGUGUUUCUAGUAUUUUCGCAUACUCAAAAUCCACCACUGUCAACUUCUCGAAAACUUUUGUGCUAAAGCAGCAGACUCUCGUGGUUUCCGAGUAAACUAAUUACACGGACCUUAAAAUCUUCUACACCUCACUCCAGAGACAAUUUACGACUUUUUAACAACAACCAAAGUAUGACUAAUAUCAAGGUCGGUAUUAUUGGAGGUUCCGGAUUCGAUGAUCCAAAUUUAUUCAAACAAGUGAAAGUGACAGAGGUUACCACCCAGUUUGGGAAUCCUUCAGACGUUCUAACCGAAGGUUUUAUUGGAGAUGUUCCAUGUGUUAUACUUCCCAGACAUGGAAAGAAACACUUGAUAUUACCCAGUGAAGUUAACUAUCGGGCGAAUAUAUGGGCACUGAAAGAGGCUGGAUGUACUCACAUUUUAGCCACUUGUGCUUGUGGUAGUUUACAGGAGCACGCUCAACCAGGGGACUUCUUGGUUCUCGAUCAGUUUUUUGACAGAACUACCGGCCGAGAGGUUUCAUUUUAUGGUAGCCGACCAGGUGCAAUAAAAGGAGUCCUACACAUGCCUAUGGCGGAUCCGUUCUGUGAAGAAACACGCCAGGUUUUAAUUGAAGCCGCCAAGAACCUAUCCUUCGAUGUCUAUGACCGAGAUAGCGGGAAGCCUGAGCCUAAACAUCCAUGUGUACAUACCAAAGGUUCCCUAGUCACCAUCAACGGUCCACGGUUUUCUACUCGUUUCGAAUCGAAGGUAUUCCGCAGUUGGGGUUUGGAUUUAGUCGGUAUGACACUAGUGCCUGAGGUUUCAUUAGCUCGUGAAGCAGGUCUGAGUUAUGCAUCUCUGGCCAUUGUAACAGACUAUGAUUGCUGGAAAGCAGAUGAAGCUCAUGUUUCUGUUGAUAUUGUUUUACGGGAAUUUGGUAAAAGUAUAGAAAAAGUUAAAAAGGUUGUACUCGAAGCGGUGAGAUUAAUUGGUACUCGUGAUUGGACUAAAACUAUUGAGGCCAACCAGUUACUAGUUCAAAACUCUCGUCAAGAUUUGGCUCAUGCGAAAGACUCGGACAAAUAAACGAUAUCGUAUGAACAACUGACUGCUAGUACCAUUUAGUUAAUAUAGUACAGAAAAUGAUGAUUUGACUUUUUCACAUAUUCUAACGACGAAAAUUAUGUAUUCCUAAUUAAUUUGAAAAAUCUCUUUGUUUUGAACAUUAAUUUCUAACGCAGUUUGUUUUCGUUUGCUAAAAUACUGUAUAUCUGAAUAAAUUAUAUGAAAAGACGAAUCGUGAAUAAAAACAGAAUGUAAUAUGGCGCACUUCACUGUAUUGUAGCCGGGUUACUUGUUAAAUAUUGUGAUGAAAGAUUUAAUAAAUGCUAAGUUAUCUCAAAAA